AUCACAUUAUCCAUACUUCACUCUCUUCUCUUUCUUAUAAACCUUUCAUCUAAAUCUUUUAACUGAUCGUCAUCAACAAAAUGUUAUCACGUACAUCCCUCUCCCCUCUUCUCCGACAACAAAGAUACAUCUCUAGAAAUAUAUCAAGAUCCACUUUUAGAGGUUUAGCAACACAAAGUGAACCUUAUGAUAUUGUCGUCAUUGGUGGUGGACCAGGUGGGUAUAUAGCUGCUGUUAAAGCUUCUCAAUUGGGUUAUAAGACCGCUUGUAUCGAGAAACGUGGGGCUUUAGGUGGGACAUGUCUCAAUGUUGGAUGUAUCCCUUCCAAGGCCAUGCUCAACAACUCUCACAUCUACCACAUGCUCCAACACGAUGUCAAAAAACGUGGUAUAGACGUCUCCGGUGUUGAACUGAACCUCAAACAAAUGUUAGCUGCCAAAGACGCAUCAGUAAAAUCUCUUACUGGCGGUGUCGAAACCUAUCUAUUCAAAAAAUACCCUGUGGAUUAUAUCAAAGGCGAGGCCUCUUUCGUUUCCCCCUCCCAACUCAAAGUCGCUCUCAAUGAUGGAGGUGAGACUCAAGUGGAGGCAAAGAACGUCAUCAUCGCCACUGGAUCAGAAGUCACCCCAUUCCCCGGUAUCGAAAUUGAUGAAAAACGUAUAGUGUCAAGUACCGGUGCUUUAGAGUUACAAGAGGUUCCAAAGAGAAUGGUCGUCAUUGGAGGUGGUAUCAUUGGUCUCGAACUUGGAUCAGUAUGGUCUCGAUUAGGUGCGGAAGUAACCGUGGUGGAAUUCCUCGGUGCAGUCGGAGCGGGUAUGGACGGUGAGGUCGGUAAGGCUUUCCAAAAGAUACUGCAAAAACAAGGACUCAAGUUCAAACUCAACACGAAAGUCGUCAGUGCCGAACGUGAAGGAGAGGUAGUCAAGCUCAAAGUGGACGCUGCAAAGGGUGGUAAAGAGGAGACUUUAGAAGCAGAUGUCGUGCUUGUCGCUAUUGGUCGUCGACCGGUUACCAAAGGUCUCAAUCUCGAAACCAUCGGAGUGGAAAUGGAUAAAAGAGGGAGAAUCAUCAUCGACGAUCAAUUCAACACUUCUGCCAAAGGCGUAAAGUGUAUUGGGGAUGUGACUUUUGGACCUAUGUUGGCACACAAAGCUGAAGAGGAGGGUAUCGCCGCCAUAGAAAUGAUCAAGACUGGCCACGGUCACGUAAAUUACGACGCCAUCCCAUCUGUCGUUUACACCCACCCCGAAGUCGCUUGGGUGGGUAAGAACGAGGAAGAGUUGAAACAAGCUGGAGUCAAGUAUAAAGUUGGCAAAUACCCUUUUGCGGCCAACUCACGUGCGAAGACUAACCAAGAUAUGGAUGGGUUUGUCAAAUUUAUCGUGGAGAAAGACACUGAUCGGGUACUCGGAGUUCACAUUAUCGGUCCUAAUGCAGGAGAAAUGAUUCAUUCUGCUACGAUGGCUAUUGAAUAUUCAGCUUCUGCUGAAGAUAUCGCUCGGACGUGUACAGCUCACCCUACUUUGUCAGAAGCAUUCAAAGAAGCCGCCAUGGCGAGUUAUGAUAAACCUCUCAACUUUUAGUUUGGGUUUACGUCAAUGCAUUCCUGUCAUUCCACAA